AUGUUUUGGAGGGACCGUGAGAGAGAUAAUAAGGAUCAAAAUGGUGGACCACCUUGUGGUCAGGUUCGAGUUCUUGUUGUUGGCGACUCAGGUGUGGGUAAAACUUCACUUGUUCAUCUUAUUGUCAAAGGUUCUUCCACCGCUCGCCCUUCUCAGACAAUUGGAUGUACAGUUGGUGUGAAGCACAUUACUUAUGGUAAUUCUGGUAGCUCAUCAAGCAGUAUUAAAGGUGAUUCUGAGAGAGAUUUCUUUAUUGAACUCUGGGAUGUGUCAGGUCAUGACCGAUACAAAGAUUGCCGGUCUCUAUUCUAUUCUCAAAUUAAUGGGGUUAUUUUUGUUCAUGAUCUCUCCCAAAGAAGGACCAAAACAAGCUUGCAGAAAUGGGCAUCUGAUAUUGCUGCAACUGGAACAUUUUCAGCCCCUCUAAGUUCUGGAGGUCCUGGUGGUCUUCCUGUCCCUUAUAUUGUUAUUGGUAACAAAGCUGAUAUUGCUGCAAAAGAGGGUACGAGAGGAAGCAGUGGCAACCUUGUUGAUGCAGCACGACAGUGGGUCGAGAAGCAGGGCUUGCUUUCUUCCAGUGAGGAAAUUCCAUUGACAGAGAGCUUUCCUGGAAGCGGAGGCCAUAUUGCAGCUGCCAAAGAAGCAAGGUAUGAUAAAGAAGCUGUGGUAAAAUUUUUUCGAAUGUUGAUUAGGAGAAGAUAUUUUUCAGAUGAAUUACCUGCACCAAGUCCAUGGUCUGCUUCUCCAGUUCAGAGAUCUGUCCAGCGUUUAGAUGAAAAUAUAAGUGAUGAUGAUCCAUUUUACAAGACUACAAGCUUAGCAGGUGAUCCUUACAAAUACAAUAUGCUCCCUCCCCUGCCAGCUCAACGAAAUCUUACACCACCUCCAACACUUUACCCACAACAACCGGUUUUGGUCACUGAGAGUUACAGCUUUCCAAGAUUUCCCCUGGCUGGUUCCCAAGAAAUAAGCAACACAGCAAGAUCGAAGCGCAUGGAUAUUAAUGUUUGA